AUGGCGCCGAUUCCCAGCUCGCGCCGCCUCUUUGGCGCAUGGUUUGUGCUUGUGCUCGUGGCCGCCACCGUCGUCGUCGACGCCGCCGCGGCGCGAGAGGGAGCCAGGUCACGCCGAGGCGCGCUGCUGCCUAGCGCUGCCGUCCGGCACGAGCGGUGGAUGGCCAAGUUCGGGCGCGCCUACACGGACGCCGACGAGAAGGCGCGCCGGCGGAAGGUGUUCGCGGCCAACGCGCGGCACGUCGACGCCGUGAACAGGGCGGGCAAUCGGACGUACACGCUCGGGCUCAACAAGUUCUCCGACCUCACCGACGACGAGUUCCUGGAGACGCACCUCGGGUACCUGCAGCACCAGCUUCGUCAUCAGGAGAUCAACAACACGGCGGCGGCAGCGGUGGACGUGUCCAAGAAAGGUGCUAAGCUGAAGGCUGGCCAGCUGCUGUACAUGCCUGGCAGCGUGGACUGGAGGGCCCAGGGCGCGGUCACCGAGAUCAAGAACCAAGGCUCCUGCGGGAGUUGCUGGGCGUUCGCGGCGGUGGCGGCGACGGAGGGGCUCGUGAAGAUCACCACCGGCGAACUCAUCUCCAUGUCGGAGCAGCAGGUGCUCGACUGCACGGGGGGCAUCAGCAGCUGCAGCGGCGGAGACAUCAACGCCGCGCUCCGCUACGUCGCCGCCAGCGGCGGGCUGCAGCCGGAGGCGGCCUACGCGUACGUCGGCCAGCAGGGCGCGUGCCGCGGCUUUGGCGCCAUGCCGAACUCGGCGGCGUCCGUAGGCGCGCCACGGUGGGCGGGCCUGUACGGCGACGAGGGCGUGCUGGAGCAGCUCGUGGCCAGGCAGCCGAUCGCCGUGGCCGUGGAGGCCACGGACCCGGACUUCCGGCACUACAGGAGCGGCGUGUACGCCGGGAGCCCGUCGUGCGGGCAGAGGAUAAACCACGCCGUGACGGUGGUGGGCUACGGGGUGGACGGCGUCGGGCAGGAGUACUGGGUGGUGAAGAACCAGUGGGGGACGAGGUGGGGCGAGGCGGGCUACAUGCGCAUCGCUCGCCGGAGCGGCGCCAGCUGCGGCAUCGCCACAUACGCAUACUACCCGACCAUGGGCAGCUUCUAGUACAUCAGUCGAUGCCCGGUAUAAUUUAUCAGCUACAGUACCAUGCGAUUGAAACUUGGAUGGAUUCAUAAGAAGGAAUACUUAAGGCAUGACUGUAUCGGUCGUAAGAACGACCCAUUAUUAUUCAUGCCAAUGCAACAUGACGCGACUGUUUAUAUAUGCAAAAAGUACUAUAGUAACUUUGCUGUAGUCGGUGUAGGCGAGAUUCUGUAGUUCUUGCGUUUUGCCUAUUUCCCCUGUUUUUAGUUCUUUCAGUUUGCUCUUAGAAAAAAGACAUGCUCCUGUGUGAUGUAAUAUCUAUUGAACCUGCUUUUGGUCGGGUUUCGUUGAGAUGAUCGAUGA